AAAAAUUUUGUAAAUGUCAUUAAAUGUCAAACGAUAAAUAAUUUUUUUAAUGAUAAUUAAAAAAUUUCGUGUUAUCAUCAUUUCAAAAUGAUUAAUUAUUUUUAGAAAGCCCUUUUCUCCAGACGAAUUAAAAACUUAAUGGCUUUAGCUAAAACUUUAUGGAGGUUCAUAGAAAUAUUAUUAUUAAUUUUGGGUCUAAUAUUUCUACAAUUAGCAACUAAUUUUUACGGAAGAUGGGUAUUCGAAGGCCUUGUCAUUUGUUAUGGAGGAUACCUGCUGAUAAUAACAGUAUUUUUAGUUUAUUCGAUUAUUCACGAGCCCCCCCAUUGCCUCGAAAUUAUUUUUCUUUUAGUCGGUAUAGUCUUAAACGUAAUUUUUGGUCUCAUUUCAUUGAUAGCCCAUUUUACGCACGUUAAAUGUGAAAUAAUAUGCGACAAAAAUGGUAGAAUCGUCGAAAAUUAUAUGGGAGCGUGGUUAGGCGUCACGUGUUUCCUUCUAGCGUUAUUAUUGGUAGCUGAUACGAUCAUACUGUUCAAGGUCGGCCAUAAAGAUCCCUGCGAAUGUUAUUCUCAGACGAAAUGAUUGAAAUAUACAAAAAAUUUUUAGUAGCAUCAUGCGAUCAUCAAAAAAUAAUAUCUCGAAUAUAAUAAUAAAUAAAUUUUUCCAACAAA